AGAGUACAUUGGUCCCUCAAAAAAAAAAGGAAGGCUAGUUCCCCGGGUCUUGAUUGGCCAUUCUGCUUUGAUCUCGACGUUAUGCAACGUCAUCAGAUUUAUCAAUUCGGACCCGCAAUCUUGAAAUUUGGGCUUUGAUCUUCAUAUGCUUACAAUAAUUCCCGGAUGGAAAAAUCAAGCCUUCAGUUGCAAUCCUUCUUGGGCUCCGAGACUUCCUAAUCCAAUUGGUCCAAGUUAAUUCCUCCUUUCUCCUAAUUAGAAUCAGCCGCCUUAUUUUUCUUUAAAAAUGGGCCUUGGAGCACGUGAUGCGUUCAUAACAUCCCCAAAAGGAGAAAAUGACAACUCUCCAGCUAUCGCACAUAUGCCCAGCUUUCGUCAUUUUUCCAGCCAAUGGCGUCGUCACUACCACCCAGCUCGAGUCCCAGAAGAAGACCCAACAUCUCACCACCAGCCCGAGCCUCGAACAGGUCGCCUUCGUUGUCUCCUGAACUGCAUCGCCGGAAAGUUUCGUGCGGACCUACCCUCAUCUGCCUCAUGACCAGAAAGCGUCAAGUUCGGCUAUGCGCGACCGGAAUGCCAGAACUUUGUCGUCCCCACCCGUCCGUCCUAGUCACGUGGAUCCCAUGCGUGAUUGUACUCAUGGAGGGCGGAAUUUGGAGUUACCCGAGGCAGAUCUUUAUUUCUAAAAGCAUCACCAAUGCUAUAUUGGGGGAAAAGCACAAACCUUCUCUGUCUGGUGCUACAGAAAAGCGUGCGGCUUCCCCGUCUCGUGAAGAGAAACUUGAUAGGAAGAGCAAAGGUACAGUAGGUCAGAUAAGCGCACUUGUUGCGUUGGCCGUGACGAAAGAUGCGGAAUCUCGUCCUCCAAUAUUUCUCUCAAGUCUUUAUGGUGCUAAGAAGAAGCGCAUGUCUUCCCCUUCUCGUGAGGAGCCAUUUGCUAAGAGAGUUAUGCCAGGUUGGAGAAGCGCACUUGUUUCCUUGGCCGCGAUGAGAGAUGCUAAACCCUAUCUCCCGACAUCUGAUCCAGG